AUGAGAAAGAAAUUUCUUAUAUUGACAUUCGAUUGGCUGUCUUUAGGCGUGAUAUACAAUAGCUUAAGUUACAACACUUCUAAUCUUGGUGUCAACGAUUACGUUGCUUUCUUCAUUGGCGGUGCUGUUGAACUUCCGUCAUAUGUCAUCGCGUGGCGUUGUAUGGAGCGUUUUGGUAGAUGCUUGGUGCUUUGUGUCUUCAUGUGUGUCGGUGGAUUGGCGUGCAUUAGCUGCGUGUUCAUUCCUGAAGAGAUGCCAUGGAUCACAGUCAGCUUGGCGAUGUUGGGUAGACUAUGCGCGGCGGCGGCCUUUGCUGUAUUUUACGUGCUUAUUGGUGAACUGCUGCCAACGGUGAUACGAGCACAAGCUAUGGGCUUGGCUUCAUUCAUUUCAGGCCUUGGGCUUUUAGCUUGCCCCUACAUUGUACAUUUGGCUAUCUACGGUCGUUCACUCCCGCUUAUAGCGAUAGGAGUACUAAGCAUGGUUGCCGGAGCAACGUCACUUUUUCUGCCAGAGACCCUGAACCAACCGCUGCCUCAGACCCUCAGGGACGGCGAGGCGUUCGGAAAGAGCGCCCGGCUGUCCAGUUGUAUGGCGAGAACUGGAGAAAAA